AUGAACAAGGAGAAGCACCACACGUACGAGAACCACCUCCGGCGCUGCUGCAAUGGCUUCGCGGCGUGCCUCCUGGCGCUGGUCGUCGUCGUCGCAUUCAUCGCGCUCGUCGUCUACCUUGCGCUCCGCCCCACCAAGCCUUCCUUCUACUUGCAGGACCUGCAGCUCCACUCCAUCAACCUCGGGGACCCCUCCCUCUCUGCCACCGCGCAGGUCACGCUCGCCUCCCGCAACCCCAAUGACCGCGUCGGCAUCUUCUACAGGCGCCUCGACGUCUUCGUCACCUACCGCGACGAGCCCGUCACCGUGCCGAUCUCCCUGCCGCCCAUGUACCAGGGCCACCGGGACGUCACCAUUUGGUCGCCCGUGCUGUCCGGGGAGUCCGUGCCCGUCGCCGGAUACGUCGCCGAGGCCAUGAAGCAGGACAUCGCCUCCGGGUACGUGUCGCUGCAGGUCAAGAUCGACGGCCGCGUCAAGUGGAAGCUUAGCGAAGCUCUGCUGAGAUUGCUCCACCACCACCGCCACCAUGCCGUCGUGCUGCCGGAGGAGUCGAUCUAUUACUUCACCAUCGCUCGCUGGAUCGAGGAGGUGAAGAGGAGGAGAACUCAGAGUCUUCAAGAGACGGAGUUCGUCGCAACACAAUCCUUCUUGGAGGGCAACCAGAAGUUCUCGGUCGUUGAGAACACGAGAUCGCUUCUUGGGCCAUUGGGUAAUGGUGCUUUCAGUUACUUCAGUGAGGGCACGAUGAGGUGCACGGGUAGUACCAGCCAGAGGAUAAAGACGAGCGACUACUGGAUCUCCGUCAAUGUGUUGUGA